GUCCCUGGGUUACAGAGAAACAUGCUAGGAAUACAGAUUAUAGCUUUCAUAUUUUGUUUCUGUGGGCUGGGAGCUGCUAUUGCUGCUACUGCAUCGAAUGAGUGGAAAGUCACUAGUCGAGCAUCAUCUGUUAUCACUGCAACCUGGGUUUUCCAGGGUCUUUGGAUGAACUGUGCCGGCAACGCACUGGGUGCUUUUCACUGCAGACCUCACCUUACUAUCUUCAAAGUAGAAGGUUACAUCCAAGCCUGCAGAGGACUGAUGAUCUCCGCUGUCUGCCUGGGCUUCUUCGGUGCCAUUUUUGGACUGGUUGGCAUGAAGUGUACAAAAGUCGGAGGCUCCGAUCAGACUAAAGCAAAAAUAGCUUGUUUAGCUGGACUGAUCUUCAUACUCUCUGGGUUGUGCUCUAUGACUAGUUGUUCCCUGUAUGCAAACAGGAUUACGUCUGAGUUCUUUGAUCCUUCUUUUGUUGCACAAAAGUAUGAAUUAGGAGCAGCUUUGUUCAUUGGAUGGGCUGGAGCUUCACUCUGCAUAAUUGGUGGCAGUAUAUUCUGCUUCUCAAUAGCUGAAAAUAGUAAUUCUCCAAGGAGGGGGUAUGCAUAUAAUGGAGCCACAUCUGUGAUGUCUUCUCGUACAAAGGUCCACAACAGCGUCCCAGACAAAACCCCACCAAAGCACUUUGACAAGAAUGCUUAUGUUUAAUUGUACUGUUGGAAGAUUCAAAGCGUUUUAAAAAUGAGUUUGUAUGUUUCAUUCAGAGUGAUUUCCCCCCCAACCCCAAUGUACUUACCGCUAAGACAAUGGCUUUUUAAAACAUUAAACUGCAGCUUUUUACAUAUUGAUGUAAAUUUUAUUAUAUAAUAUUUUAAGAUUGAUGUUGGUAUUGUAAAGUUUAUACCUGGAAAUCAUGAACUGAUGUUGCUUUCUUGAAAAAAAUAAAUGAGGUAUUUAACAA